GCACCAAUAAAAGUAUUAGUGUGUUUUUGAGUUUCUCUGCGUUAAGUUUGUCAAACAUAAAAAAAGUAUUUACGAUGAAAUCCAACACAAGUUUUGCUCUAUUUGCAGUGUGUUUAUUCGGUCUUAUCGCUUCUUUGAAUGGUUGGCCUAUGGGAAUAGGCGGUAGCAAGGCAUCAGGGACAUCAGAGACAUCAGAUUCCUUACCCGUUUCUUUGAAUAGUACGCCCAUGGUACCAAGCGGUGGCGAGACAUCAGGGACAUCAGAGACAUCAAACAACUUGCACGAAUCUAUAAGACGCUAUAUAAUAAAUAUUUUGACACACAAAGAUGAAAACACAUUGACCGUGGCUGUACAAAAAACUAUAAGAGCUCCUGAUUUUCUGAAAAAAUUAGAUGAUUUCAAAGAUAACGUUUUUAUAACAGUUUAUUCGAAAUUUCAAUUAGACCCAGAGUUUAUUGCACGGAUUAACGAGACCAAGGACCUAAUUAUUUUUGGAGUAGAUGAAAAAGAUUCAAUAAACCAAGAUAAUAAAGCACGUAUAACUUUAUUCGAUAUAACAAAAAAAAAAUUAAAAGAAAAGCUGACCAAGAAUGAGUUAAAAACUUUAAAAUAUACUGCAAAACCCGAAGACCUAAAUGAGAUCAUCACUGUGUUCAUAAAUGACAUAAAACGUUUUAAAGGUAACACAGGUAUUCAUGGCAUGUAAAUUAUAAUA